AUGGUAGCAACACCUGAAGAUCAUUCAACAGGCUCGCUAUGCCUCUCAACAGCAGCGCCGAUCCCUGGCUUCUCAGCAGAGCAAGUCCGCUCCAUUACUAAGCUCAUAGAAGACGUGCUCGACAAGGCACUCGACAAGCACUUUGGCCCACUGCCGCCACAGCAAAAGCAGUCAAUGAUGCCAAAGCCGGCACAGCAAGAGCAGGAACGGAAGCAUAGGCCAUUGCAACAGCCAAAUUUGGAGAAAUCUACGGAGAAGACUAUGGAGAAGAACAAGAGCACGGGCACCAGCAGCCCUAUUCAAGCGGGCACACUCUCCACAAUCCCACACCAGGCCACUAUGCAGAAUUGCGGAGAUCCUUCCCCUCGCCUCAGCAGUACUCCACUUUCUACCUCGCUUCUCGCCUCUCUUCUCGCCUCUCAACUCGCCCCCCUCUCGCCUCUCCGCUCGCUCAUUCGAUUCGCGAAGGAUAUGGAGGCUAUAGGCAAGGAUAGGUGCAUGGAUAUAUGGACGGCGCAUGCUUAA